AUGAAUAUGCUGGAAUUGAGAGCCAUUUACGACGGCCUUCUACAGGCGGUACAUCUUCUUCAAGAUCACCCCAUGCAGAUCCAGUUGGAUAAGGUAACCGCAAGACAGAACAAAAAGCAGAGCGUAAAUGGCAGAGAAGUGGAAGAUGAGUUCUACGUAUUGAGCAGUGAAGCAGCUGCGAGUUUGGAUGACCUGCAACGCUGUCAGGAUUGUUUGUUAAGUGGAGAACCUAUAAGGGCCACUCUUGAUAGGCAACCACGGAUCUUUGCACCCUCACUGCAGGCUUCAGUAUUUGACCUGCCUGAUGACUUCUAUAACUUGACAGCAGAAGAGAUCAAACGGGAACAGCAACUAAGGAAAGAAAAACUGGAACGAGGGUCAGUGCUGAGAACUAAAGUAAUGCGGGAGAGGGAAGAGCAACGAGAAGUAAAAAAAUACAAAUAUACUGUUCUGAGAAUCCGGUUUCCAGAUGGAUAUAUACUACAAGGUAUAUUUUAUGCCCGGGAGAGGUUGUCUGUUUUGUUUGAUUUUGUCCACCAGCAACUACAAAAUGAUUGGCUUCCAUACGAACUCAUUGCUCCUUGUGGUCAGAAGUUAGAAGACGAACAGAUGGCAUUCAGUGACUGUGGUUUGGUUCCAUCCGCAUUGCUGACUUUCCGCUGGGAUGCAGCUGUCAUGGCUGAUGUGGAGGCCGCAGGAGGACAUAAAGCGGAGAGUGUGCUGAAACAAGAGUUGCUUUCCAGUGCAGAGAACCUUCACUAGAUGCAUAUUCCCCAACAGCCAGCUCUUGGUCUCUGUUUUAAAUAUGGAAUGAACUAGUUGUUUAACCUAUUAAACUGAAAGUGAAGAGAAACAUACAUGUAAAUGUAAAUUAAUAAUUUGCAUAUUAAGGCCGGUUUGCAGAAUGCAAAAAUUGUGUAAAUGAUACUUUUGUUUAUAUCUAUAGUGUAAAAAGAAUACAAAGGCUCUAGGUAUUUACAACA